AUGCCUCCUCGACCUCCUCCACGCACUUCACCCACGCACUUCCUGUGCAUACCCCUCGUCACCGCCUCUUCCCGGUCUCAGCUGUCCAAAAGCCUGGCAUCCUUUGAAGCAGAUGUCACUAGCCCAGACAGCUUCGCCAUCCCUUCAGACGCCGUCCGUCCCCUCGGCACCCUCCACCUCACCCUCGGUGUGAUGAGCUUCCCCAAGAACGAAGGCGUCGAGAAGGCCGUCGAAGUACUUCAAUCGCUGAAGCCGCGCGAGAUUCUAUCAACCGUCAAGCCCCUAUCCUCCAUCACUCCCUUGGCCGGGCCAGCCUCCUCGACCCCUGAGAAGCCUCUCUCCCUCACCCUCCGUGGUCUCCAUUCCAUCCAGCCCGCUCAGAAAGCCACGGUCCUGUACGCGCCGCCGAUCGACCCCGACGGUGUCUUUCGUGGCUUUUGUGAGAAGCUGAGGGGAGUCUUCCAGGAGGCCGAGGUGAUGGACAAUGAAGACCGGCCGUUGCUAUUGCACGCCACCAUCGUGAACACCAUCUACGUCAAGGGCGGCAGGGGCAAGAAGGGGCCGAGGAUGACCAUCGAUGCGAGAGAUAUACUUGACCGGUACGAUGACUACGUGUGGAUGGAGGACGUGCCGGUGGAAAAGAUUGCCAUCUGUCGUAUGGGGGCCAAGCAGAUUGAGGGUGUAGACGAUCAGGAAUACGAGGUUGAGGCCGAGAUCGACUUUUAG